AGCGGGCACGCCGCUUCCAAGUUCAAACUCACCGGCGGCCACUACGAAUCUAAGCUACCUUGUGCUUAGUUCGGAGCAAGAGACGGAGGACGAGCACAGCUCGAUCUGCAGUUGUAAUUGAAAGAGCUGAUCGAGAGCACGCGCGCGCGCGCCAUGCUUGGGAGGUCGAGAGCAGGGCCGUCGUCCAAGCCCCACGCGGAGGGCGCCGGCCUCACCUUCGCCGGCAACACCACCGUCGUCACAGAUGCCGGGCAGGAGGUCACCGUCUCCCAGUUCGUCGCUCAGCUAGAUGAGGCGGCACGGCGGAGGCUGGACAGCAUGCACCAGAGGCUGAGGCUGCUGGAGCAGCAGAUGGAGACGCUGGAGGCCGAGGUCGGGAAAGCCAGCGGCAGCACGGACACCUACGCCUAGGCCGAUCGAUCGAUCGAUCCGGAAGGCUUCUUCUUUUUCUUAACUCUUUCUGAUGAAUCACAUGUUGAUCCGAUGGCCUUGUUAGCAUUUCCUUUGCUCGACCGCUGUACGCAUUUUAGUACAGUGCUUUGUACAUGGGCAAUGGUGCCGUUCUGAAACUUCCGCCAGAUUUUCUGGUGCUGAUAUUUCGGUCCGUGGUGUGAUGGAGCUUGAAUCUCAGGUGAUUGGAAAAGUAUGGCAGUUCGUUAA